AUGACGGCCAUGCUUAGCUGCAUGUGUAACGGACAACUGAGCAUUGAAAUGUGGGAGGGGAUCUUUAUAUUGGCAGACCAGAAAAAGGCCAUCAAAGGCCUCAUGGAAGGAGGACGAGUGGAAAGGAGUGCCAUGCAAGAGGAGGAGUCUUUAAAUAACCCUUACUUUACUGAAGCUUGCAGAAAGGCAAAGAGGACCAACUUGAUGUUGAAGGAGGAAUUAUGUUCCCCUCUUCAUGACUGGAAGGAGGAGAGAGGAUAUAAGGGUCUGAGGCUGAGAAGAGCCAUCACAGCUGUAGCUGUCAAUGUGAAGGUCAUCAGGAAGAGAAAAUGUCCCCAGUCUGGACAGAUUCCACAGGAUAAAUUCACUCAACCCCAGGUGCACCUGCUGUCAAGAAACUGGGAGGCCAUUGGAAUAUCCCGUUUCAGCAAUGACAGUGCAUGUUGCAGUGUGAGCACCAGGGAUAUGGAGGUGCAGAGAAACCAUGGCUCACCUCCACCCGCACAACUUUGUAAUCUCAGAAUUAAUAUCAAGAAACCAUUGGAUGAACAGAAACCAAUGCAGAGAGAAAAGGGACUGCAGAGAAAAGGGACGGAAAGAUGCUGUCCGAGCAAUCCAACCCACGUGCAAGUGACAGUGCUCCAAGUCAGAGAACUGAAGCCAAAAGACUAAAGUAGCACUAAUGACGUAUAUACCAUAAUUCAACUGGGUAAAGAAAAAUACUCCACCUCUGUAGCUGAGAAAACCCUUGAGCCAGUCUGGAAGGAAGAGGCCUCCUUUGAGCUACCUGGAUUGCUAAUGCAGGGGAAUAGAGAAAUCGUUUUCCUCAUAGUUAUGCACAGGUCUCUAGUGGGUCUGGAUAAAUUUUUAGGGCAGGUGGCAAUCAAUCUCAAUGACAUCUUUGAGGACAAACAAAGGAGGAAAACAGAGUGGUUUAGAUUAGAAUCCAAACAAGGAAAAAGAGCCAAAAAUAGGGAUGAGAUAAAGGUCAAUAUUAAAUUUAUGAGGAACACUAUAACAGUGAGUAUGUUUGACUUAUCAAUGAAAGACAAAACGAGAUCUCCUUUUGCAAAAUUAAAAGAUAAGAUGAAAGGUAGAAAGAAUGAUGGAACAUUUUCUGAUACGUAUUCUGCAAUCAUUCCAAGUACUCACAUGCCUGAUGCCAGUACUGAAUUUUCAAGUGGUGAAGUACAGAUGAAAUUCGAACCAAAAAAGCCUUCUCUUUUGGGUCCUCAGCGACUCUCUUCAGCACAUUCAAUGUCUGAUUUAACUGGAUCCCACAUGUCUUCUGAGAAACUGAAGCCUGGUACCAUGGGUCAAGCACAUCUUCUCAGAGGCCAGAUAGAGUCCUUUGGAACAGUUCCAGAGAGUAGAAGUCUCAAAUCUUCACACAGAAGAACAUUAAGCUUUGAUACUUCUAAAAUGAGCCAACCUGACGGCAUCGUGGAUGAAGGUGAAUCGUGUUUUGGAAGACAAAAUGACCCAUUUACAAAUGUAACUUCUUCAUUACCCCAAAAAUUUGCAACACUGCCAAGGAAGAAAAAUCCAUUUGAAGAAAGCAGUGAAUCAUGGGACAACAGUGUGAAUUUAUUUUCAAAAUCAAUUGAAGCAAGAAAAGAAAAUAAAAGAGAGAAAAGGAAGAAAGUUGACUCGUUUGAAAGAGUAACUGGAAAAAAAGAUAGCAGAAGAUCUGAUAAGCUCAACAAUGGGGGAUUUAAUAGCCCUUGUGACUUGAAAUCACCUAACGCAUUUAGUGAAAAUCAUCAGGACUAUUUUGAUUAGUCAAGUAAUCCAUUUACAACAAAAUUCAGGGCUUCAAGUAUAAUGCCAUCUUCAAGUUUCCAUAUGAAUCUGACAAGCAAUGAGGAUCUCAGGAAAAUCCCCGACAGCAACCCUUUUGAUGACACUGUGGGAUAUCAUAGUCUGACUUAUGAAGAGGUACUGCAGGAACUGGCAAAGCACAAAGAACUCCUUAGGAAGGACACCCACGUCCGGGAACUUGAGGACUACAUUGACAACCUCCUCCUCAAGGUAAUGGAAGAAACGCCCAGUAUUCUCAGAGUGUCAUACGAACCAUCUAGGACAGCUGGCAAAUUCUCCAAUAAUAAACAAAACAGAGGGUACUGCGUUUAUAAUUAG